CUCUCCCUCUCUUAACAGUCUGAGGAGGGGACCUGCUUGUCACACGCUGUCCUGGAUUGUAGCGGUGAGCAGACUGAAACCUCCAGCCUCCUGUUAGUCAGAGAAGAAGCAGACCCCAACACCUACCAUGGAUGUCAGACUCCUGUCCCUGCUAGCCCUGCUGGCUGUGGUGGCCGUGCAUGUACCAACCACCACCGCCAAGCCCAUCAGCCUAGUGGAGAGGUGCUGGUGUCGCUCCACUCUCAACACGGUGCCCCAGAGGUCCAUCAGGGAGCUGAAGUUCCUCCACACCCCCAACUGCCCCUUCCAAGUCAUUGCCAAGCUGAAAAACAACAGGGAGGUGUGCAUUAACCCGGAGACCAAGUGGCUGCAGCAGUACCUCAAAAAUGCUAUUAACAAGGUGAAGAAAUCCAGAAGACGUAACAACAUCAGCAACAACUAAAGGGGGAUAAACAGUACUCGGCGAGGGCAACCUGGCAACCCCGUGUCACCACCCCCCCCUCCCACCUCUCCCUACCUCCAUAGAUACGCAACACACAUCGUGUAUAGUCCACCUGUCUGGAUCACUUCCUGUCCCAGGCCUUCACCACCUCUCGACCACACAUCCCCUGCUGCUACACACCAAGCUUCCUCACCCCCCCCCCGCGGCCUCCUCCUCUUCCUCCUCUUCCUCCUCUUCCUCCUCCUCCUCCUCUUCCUC